CGAAUGAUUACAACACACGAAACACCAUCUGUUGUGUUUUGCUUCCGUGAAAUUCGAGCUCGUCUAACAAGCGGGAAGUAGUAAUGGUUACAAAGAGGAACCGAACGGAGUAUAUGAAGCGAUUCAAGGAUCCGAAGUGGGAAACCUACGCAAAAUGCUAUGAGGAGAUGGUAAAAUACCGACUGACCAGAAGACUUUUGGAACAAACGCAUAAUCCGUGGUUUUGGAACGGUGACGGUGACAGCGACUCGGAAUCCAGUAGGUCCACUCCUAGUAGAGUUGAGACAAUAGUUCUAAAAGAUUCACAACUUGAACGUGAUGGAGAAAUUCCACAUAAAGGACCACUGGAACAAAAGCUACCGACUGCAGAAGUCCAGCAAGAAUUUGAAUCUCCAGAGACUUCUCCGCCCAUUGAUAGACAGGGUGCUGUGGAAGGAGGCAACGAAGAACUACAGGGAGAGAAGCGGGGAAAAGGAUUAACUGAUUCAGGGAAGAAGACAUAUUCCCGAACUAAAGCUAAACAGUCCAGAAAGCCCCCCAGGCCACGGAGCCAGCUACGGGAGCCCAAAGUGACCAGCAAGGAAAACAGACAUCCAUUUGCCAUGUAUGGAACGGGUGAUAGGCCAGUUGAAAUAGCUAGCAAAAAGACCCACAACGUGGGCCCAGCUGCAUCAACCAAUGAGAUUCACGAGUCUGCAUUACGGGCCAAAACCAGACGGGAGGUAGAAAAGCAAGUGCAGAAAGCAGGCAGGCGGAGAGUGCAGUCUGCAGAGGUGGAGAAUUUGACCAAAGCCAAACCUGACUUUGACCCCUGGAUGACUGAGUACAUGCGCUGUUUCUCUGGCAGGUCCCAUUAGAUAUAGAGGCAAUACUAAGGAGAAAGUAUGGAUAAUAUUGUAACCGUAUUCUGUUUUAGCGACGUGCACUGUCAGAAGCAGUUCCAUUUGUUCACACCAGUCCCAGCAAAUCAAACUAAGGGGGUAAACAUCAAAUCAUUUUUUGGGGGGGGAAGAAACUCAAACCACCUAACAAAAAGCAUUUGACAUUUUUUCCUUUAUAAUUUAGUGUGGGUAGUUCACUUUAUUUUUAUUUGGGACAUUACUUUUCAACCGUAAAGUAAAAAGAACUCCUGGAGAAUAUCUUGAAGACUAUAAUAAUAAUGGUCAAUAUUUAUUGUUAUUUUGGGCAAAGACAGUGUAUUAUAAAUCAGUGACAAUAUUCUUGAAAAUGAGUAGGGUGUCUGAAAUGCAUCAGAAAGAUAUUAAGUUCAGAAUAUCAUCUGGCAAUAAUGUAGGAUCUUCUGUGUAGAAAAUAAUGUGUUAAUGUUCCAAGAAGUUAUCUUUAACUAAUGGAGUUAACAGAUUUUGUUGCUUGAACUAUUCAAAAGAUAGAGAUACAUUUGUAGUAACCUAAGAUAAUAUAAACCCCUGUGUUCAUUAUAAUGUAAUCUACUGGGUACCACUGGUGAACAAUGUAUUGACUGGUAAACAGCAUAAUUUACUUUUAAAGGUUGCAAACCCUUGUUUGGGAAAACCUAACAAUGAGCCAUACUUGUGAUUUUAUCGCAAGCCAUUGAGAGUUUGUGCUAAGUUUUACAAAGCCUAGUUAGAACUGUGAAAAUGCUUCCACUUACAGUAAUCGUACAUGCCACAUCUGUGUAAGAAACAUUAUUGUGAAGUAUAGCACAAGUGUUUUACAGAGGCCAAAUUCGUUUUUGUGAAGGUUUGUGUCAUGGCAUAGUUUUUUAAUUGGGUAAUUCCACAUUCUUUGUGUUUUAGCUGAGAGACACAGACUAUCCGAUGCAGUAAUUCCUUCUAGACGUAACUCUUUUUAAACGCAAAUAUGCAUUGAACGCGACACUGUUUUGAAAACAUGGAACUUAAUUAUUUUGACAUGAUAUGAGAGUUUUCACAAACGCAAAAAAUACACUCAUUAACAGACUUAAUUUCAGUUGCAGUUUCCUGUUUUUGUUUGGUUGCAAAAAACUUUUUGGGCAGCCUGUUUCCUUUAAACAGGUGUUUGGUUCAUGGCUAAUUAAUCUAUUCCCAAACACUCCCGCUCAAAUUCACAGGUCUGGUGGACCUUCCUUCAGACAUGGCCUUCAUAGCCAACUUGUCCUUUAGAUAUUUGCACAGUUAUCAAAAUGGCAAGGUGGUGUAAGGUUACUCGAAACACAGACCUUAUUUGAAGUAGAUCUGAAAAUCCCCAGGGGAAGAAAUUAAGUAUAAGAAUGCAAACAGAUGCUUUUCCAGUUUUGUCGCAAGGUUCCUGGGGAUUAUGACUCAUUCUAUUUCAGUCAAUAAGAACCAUGAAUAAUAGAACACUAAAUUACACUUGGGCUUAGAAAUAUGUUUUUCAAAUUGUUAAUGUCACUGGGCAAGUGUAUGCUCGCUUUAGUAUACUUCCAAUCCUACCUUCAUUUGGAGCCCCGCCUCACAGUAUCGAAAAUGACAAAAACGGAAUGGAAAGUGCCAUAUCCUGGAGAGGUUAUUAACACAGAUGGUUACCUCUGUUUUCCAUCUCUUUCCACAAGCUGCAAUAUGGAUAUAUGGUCAUUUGAGACCAGUACACCCAGGGCCGGCUCCCGACCUAAGCGUCAUAAGCGGUUGCCUAUGUCCCAAAUUACAUUUUGCUUAGGGGCCCCAAAAGGCUAGAGCCAGCACUGAGUACACCUAAACAAGAAAAGGUGUUUACCUUUUCUCGUUAAUAUAAAAGUUGCAUGUUUCCAAAUCCGUAUCCGGUUCCAAAUCUUUAGAAAAGUCAUAAUUAUUUGGUGUUUUAGGUCUUAUUUUUUUAUGUUCCAAUUUAAAUGUUGACACUUUUACACAAUAAACAGUUGACCGUG